CUUGUCCAGUUGCACAAUCAUCUCCGUCCAUCUUCGUUCGCCUGAAGCAUGGAUGUCAAGGGCCACCACCAGUCGCUCCACGACCAGCUCGUUGCAGCACGGCAAGAGCGCUCCUGGCAGACCUCGCCAGCCGCUGUCGUAGCACCGGCGUCAGACCACCGUGCAGACCUGCGACAGGUGCCGACUACCUCUGGGCAGCAUCUUGCUGCUCACGCUCACGCUCACGGCGGCGUCGUCGCACAGUCGCUCGUCAUCCGGAACCUCUCCUUCCAUGUGCCAAGACCGCAGCCGAAGUCGCUCAUCCCGGCCUUCCUCAAGCCAAAGAAGGCAUCCACGGCGGAUACGAGUGCUGCCACCAAUGAACCAUCUCAGGGCAGCUCGGACCAGCAGCGCUUGCUUGAAGCGCCGACGGCAAGACCAGCCGACGAAAUUACAAUCCUGAAUGACAUUUCACUGACCGUCAAGGCUGGUCAGGUUCUCGCCAUUCUCGGAAGCUCGGGUUCGGGCAAGACGAGUCUGCUGGACGUGCUGGCGUGUCGAUCGCCCAAGGACGGACGCAUCGAAGGCCAAGUGCUGCUGAACGACCGACCAAUGACUGCAGCGGCGAUGCGAGACGUCGCCGGCUAUGUUGUUCAGGACGAUCGCCUUCUCCCCAAUUUGACCGUGCACGAGACGCUGAUGUAUGUGGCGCUGUUGCGCUUGCCUCCAAGCAUGUCUCAUGAGCAAAGGAUGGCGCGUGUGACGAGCGUCAUUGCCGAGCUGGGCCUCCGCUCUGUCAGCAACACGCGCAUCGGUGGCGGGCACAUUCGCGGUGUGUCUGGAGGAGAGCGUCGUCGAGUGUCCAUUGCAGUGCAACUGCUGACGGAUCCUUAUUUGCUCAUCCUCGACGAGCCGACGACCGGCCUGGAUUCAUUCUCUGCCGCAAACAUUGUCUCGGUGUUGUCGCAACUGGCCGCAGCCAACCGCACCGUUCUCUUCACCAUCCACCAGCCUCGAUCGGACGUGUUCGACUUGUUCGAUCGCAUUCUCCUGCUUUCGAAGGGACGUACCAUGUAUUGUGGUCCCUCCAAGCACAUGGUGUCUUGGUUCAAAGCUCAAGGCCACGAGUGUCCCAAGUUUAGCAAUCCGUGUGACUUUUCACUGGACUUGGCGACGGUAGACUACAGAACGCAUGACGCCGAAAAGGAAUCAAUGCAGCGCGUCCUGUCACUGUCAAAAGCCUUCGAGGAGCGCAGCAGAGACUUCUUCGCCGCGGUCGAUCCCAACGAACUGGAAAACUGGAAGCAUGGCGCUCGUGCGGGCCAGAGCGGCGAGCUGAACAGCGUCAUGGCUAUUAACGAUGGCCCCGUCCUGGCUGUCAGUAAGCCACGACAACGGAUUUCACGAGCGCGACAAAUGUACAUUCUGUACUUGCGUGCGAGCCGCAACAUUUUGCAAGGUACCGGUCAGCUAGCGGGCGAGCUUGUGAGCACGCUUUUCAUGGCCUUCCUCCUCGGCUGCAUCUUUUACAAGUUGGGCGACGACCAGAUUUCUGUGCGCGACCGGUUUGGUCUGUUUUACAUUGCGUGCUCGCUCUUCCCGUUCAUGGUGAUUCUCGACACCAUCGCCAAGUUUGACAGCGAGCGGGCGUCGUUUUACAACGAGCGCCAGGACGGCAUGUACGACCUGCUGCCAUACUAUCUGGCCAAAGUGCUUGCCGAGCUGCCAUUCAACGUUUUCUUUUCUGUCGUGUACCUCAUCCCGAUUUACUUUAUGGCCAACCUCAAAUCGGACGCUGCCUCCUUCUUUAUCUUUGGCAGCGUGCUGUUUCUGGUCGUGUACUGCUCCCGGUCUCUCGCAAUGGUGAUGGCCGCUGCCUUCCCAGUCUUCCAAGCGGCGUGCUUUGCUGCCAACCUGGUCUUCACCUUGUUCAUCCUGUCCUCUGGCUUCCUCAUCAAUUUGGAUACCAUUUGGGCGGGCGUUUCGUGGUUUGCGCAUGUCAGUUACAUUCGUCUGGGAUUCGAGGCACUCUCCAUCACCGAGUUUUCCGGCAUGAACUUUACGUGUGCGAACGUUUCUACCUCUGUCGUGGACCCAGUGUUUCUCUCGUCUGAGGUCAAUCUGGGACAAAAUGGAUCGGCCUCUUGCCCCAUUCCGAACGGCAAGGCUGCGCUUGAGUCGUUUGCCCUCACGGAUGCCACUUUCGCCCAGUCCGUGUAUGCAUUGGUUAUUCUGGUGGUUGGCUUCCGCACUCUGGCCUAUGGGUUUCUGAGGUUUGUCCACCAAAAGCCCCGGGACAAGUAAAGGCAUUGAGUUGUUUUUCGUUGUUUUUCGUUGUCUUGGCCCCCGGGGGCUUGGUACUACGCGCUCCACUAUGGUUCGUUCAGGGAUGGGUUAUUGUUUUGUUGUUGAAUUUUAUGUGAACCUUGUACAUGUAGAUCUAGUUUUGAAGAGCCGACUUGAGCUUGGUUGGUGCUGAAUGUUUCCUGCUUGUACUGAUCUAGUCGACGAAUGGGC